AUGGGGUUCGUCAAAGUCAGUGGCAAUGGUCUCCGAGAGACGCGUGGAAACAGCAUCGGGUUCAUCGAUGCCUUGUCCGAGCUUCGUGUUAUGCCGUUCACGGGUUCAAAGGCUGUGGCAUCGAGCUUCUUGGUGCCUGGGAGCCGAUCAUGUCGCGCUGGACGGCGGACGAUCAUGCUUACUCUAGAAGAGGCAAUCAACAGUGGUGACAGGACCACCAUAUAUCUGCUGCGCUUCGGUCUCAUCGUCGUCGUCUUGGACCGUUCCUCCUUGAGAGCGCCUGAAGACGACGACCGCGUCGAAGCAAACGCCAACCUAAAGACCGCCUCCCGGGUCCUUGACCACGUCUACGCGGAGAGCGGCCGUCGCUACGGCGACGUCGUGGCCAGGCCUCCUUUAGUCCGAGAGACGAGGAAGUCCAAGUCGACGACGAGUUCCAACAGCUAG